UGUGGGGGUGCAGUCCGAGCGGAGCGCGGGCCGCCCGUAAACGAUGCGCGCGGCGCGGGGGGCACCAUGCAAUGGCGCUCGCUGCUGCUGGGGCUGCUGCUGCUGAGGCUGGGCCUGCACGCGCUGCUCGCGCUGCUGCCCGCGCUGGCGCCGGGCCUCUGCGUGCGCCGCCGCCUGCCCUUCCCCUUCCCCUUCCCGCCGCGCGCCCCCGCGCCCGGCCGCAGCAGCGAGGCGCCGCCCGGCCGCGCGCUCUGGGUGCCGGCGGCGCUCCGGGGCUCGCGGCCGCGGCCCGGCGGGGAGGGGGCGGCGGUUGGGGAGGGGGGGGCGGGCGGCGGGGGGGGGGAGGACGAGUAUGAGGCGCGCUACAGCGGGGCCUUCCCCCCGCAGCUCCGCGCCCGCCUGCGCGACGCCGCCCGCGGCAUGUUCGCCUUCGGCUACGACAGCUACAUGCGGCACGCCUUCCCCAGCGACGAGCUCGACCCCCUGCACUGCUGCGGCCGAGGGCCCGACCGCGACGACCCCACAAACCUGAACAUCAACGACGUUUUGGGCAACUACUCGCUGACGCUGAUAGACGCCCUGGACACCCUAGCGGUAAUGGGAAAUUCCUCGGAAUUCCAGAAAGCAGUGAAGUUGGUGAUUGAUACGGUCUCAUUUGACAAAGACUCAACUGUCCAGGUGUUUGAGGCAACGAUCAGGGUUUUGGGAAGCCUGCUUUCUGCCCACAUAAUAAUUACAGAUACCAAACAGCCCUUUGGUGAUAUGACCAUUAAGGAUUACGAUAACGAACUGUUGCACAUGGCUCACGACCUGGCAGUGAGACUACUUCCAGCCUUUGAGAACACCAAAACUGGAAUUCCGUAUCCGCGGGUCAAUCUGAAGAAGGGAGUACCUCCAAACAGCAAUAAUGAAACCUGUACUGCAGGAGCUGGUUCCUUGUUGGUGGAGUUUGGUAUUCUGAGCAGGCUGCUGGGUGAUUCCACGUUCGAAUGGGUGGCCAGGAGAGCUGUCAAAGCGCUCUGGAGUCUCAGGAGCAAUAACACUGGACUGCUAGGGAAUGUUGUGAAUAUCCAAACCGGCCAUUGGGUUGGAAAGCAAAGUGGCUUGGGAGCAGGAUCAGAUUCAUUCUACGAAUAUCUUCUGAAGUCUUACAUCCUCUUUGGAGAACAGGAAGACUUGGAGAUGUUCAAUGAUGCUUAUCGGAACAUUCAGAACCACUUAAGAAGAGGUCGAGAAGCUUGCAACGAAGGUGAAGGUGACCCGCCUUUGUAUGUUAAUGUAAACAUGUUCACUGGGCAGCUGAUGAACACUUGGAUUGACUCUUUGCAAGCCUUUUUUCCAGGACUACAGGUACUGAUAGGAGAUGUGGAAGAUGCUAUUUGUCUCCAUGCUUUUUAUUAUGCCAUAUGGAAACGAUACGGAGCUCUCCCAGAGAGAUACAACUGGCAACUGCAAGCUCCGGAUGUUCCCUUUUAUCCGCUGAGGCCGGAGUUAGUGGAAUCCACAUAUCUUCUUUAUCAGGCCACAAAGAACCCAUUUUAUCUUCACGUGGGAAUGGAUAUUCUACAGAGUCUGGAAAAAUACACAAAAGCAAAGUGCGGCUAUGCUACGUUACACCAUGUUGUAGAGAAGACAAAAGAAGAUCGAAUGGAGAGCUUUUUUCUCAGUGAAACUUGUAAAUAUUUGUACCUGUUGUUUGAUGAAGACAAUCCAGUGCAUAAGUCUGGAAACAAAUACAUGUUUACUACUGAGGGACAUAUCGUGUCUGUGGAUGAACGCUUCCGGAACUCACUGUGGCAAGACAUCCUCCCUGGAGAAGAGGACCGCGCAGAAAAAGUUAAACCUAAUGAAUUAAAGGCAGUCAACUUCAGUUCUAAUUGUAACAGAGUUCCUGAUGAGAGGAGGUACUUGCUGCCACUGAAGAGCAACUACAUGAGGCAGAUUGAUCGAAUGGUGGGCUUGAUCUGAAUGGUUCUUCAGAGUAACUUCUAUCGUAUGUCUGGAGGAGUAUGGGAUUUGGCUCUAGACAUUCCUCUUCAGCACACAUCUGCAUAUGCUGAGUCACUUGGGUAUCCCCAAUGCUUGUUAGUUUUUGAUUAUGGACCUGAAGGGAGAUUUUAUUCUCUUACGAGUUCAGUCUUCUGAACUAUGGUAACUCCAUGUGCCACCUGAAUAGAGAUUUCUUGUUUUAAGACUUCCUAUGAAAAAUGUUGCAAAUGAAGGUUGGAUAUACUUUUAAAAAAAAAAAAAAAAAAAAAAGGAAAAAAAAGAGAAGAUUGGCACGUGCCACUUAGCUACCUCUUUGUAGCUGCAUUACAGAUUUCCCUUUGGAAAAGGGUCAGGUAUUUAAUUUGAAAUGAUCUUGGGAUUGGGGAAGGAAUGGGAAAGUGCAAUUUCUUACACCAAGGUUAAUUAUUGAGCUAUUCUGACUAGCAAUACACAAUCUUAAGUACUUCUCAGGUAGCAACCCACUGGUAGUGGGUUUUUGCUGAAACAAAAAUGCUCUAUUUAGAAUAGUAUCCCGAAAAGAUAACUCUUGAUCGUACAAGAAGCUAUCAGUAGAGUCAUGAGUUCUCUCAUGUACACAAUUGUAUAGAACUGCACAGUCAAAAGGGCCUGUAGCUACAGAAACCAGUAAUAAAACAAAUUAGGUGCCUUUUUUUGUAAGGGAAGGGGGGAGUGAAUUACAAAGCCACUCAGCUGUUGAAGCAGCUAACUUGAUAUAGCUCAGCUGAGCAGAAGUUCAUAGAGUUACGUUGUCUGCCCAUGUAUCUAGUGCCUCUUCAGGACAGAUGCUGCUAAGAAAAGAACUGGUAUACGAGUAUAUGAAGAACAAACUGUUUCAUAUUCCUUACAGCAUUAAUAUGUUAGUGCCUUGCGUUUUCUUCUCUUGUAGGAAAAGCUGAGCUUACUUGGGAGGAGGGAUGAAGUAUUUUUGAACAGCUAGUUAAAAUAUAUGGUGGGUCCCAAAGUAACAUAUGAAGUAACUUACAUGUGAGACAACUCUUCUUUUUUUUUUUUUUUUUCUAACGAUGCAAGAAUAUCAACAGCUGUGCCCCUCCCAAAGAAUACUUAUGAGCUGGUUUAUUCUCUUUGUCAGUGUAAUUAGUACCGGGGCUGUCUCUGCGUCAUCCUAGGGAAGGAGCUGGUAAGAGAUCUGAGCUUGCAGCGCACUAAUUUCCUUCUGUUACAGGACGGUUUGGUCCAUGCCAGCAUAACAGGAUCAUGCCUGCAGAAGCUAUUGAUGCUGACAGUAGUGCUAUAAUGUAACUGCAAACUGUGCCUUUUGGUUCCAGUAAGGAAUGAUGAAAAACUGCUGUUGCCUCUUCCCAGCAUCAUGAAGUGCAGCUCAGAUAUGUUUGAGGAGUAACUAUAUAUGAACUUCCAGGAAAAAAGCAUUUGAAUUCAGGCAGCACUGUCGUGAGGGAUGAAAAACUGAGGCCAAACAACUUACUCUAUUUUUUCAGUGGCUGCCUGUUGCUUACAUGCUCUUUACUUCUGGCUGCGGUUGAAGUAGUUAAACGUUGUUAUUGGGUUCAUUAUUUUUAAUUUAGGGCUUAAAUGUAAGGGCAAACUUGAUCUGCUGUAUUUUCACCUUCUAUGAUAAUACUGGUUUUCAUAAACAUUGGUUUUCAUAAGCCAUAUGUUGCAACUUGGAACAUUUCUAAUAAAUAUGAAGUUAGUGCUUAAGAGGUUAUUGCUUGAAUCUUUAGCAUACAGAUGCAUCUCAGGGACUUCAUUAUAGAAUCUUCUAUUUCUUGAUGGUAGAAUCUUAUAUUCAGGCAAAAAAAAUAUCCUGUCUUCCUAGCCUUAAUGUAUAUGUUUUAACAAGGGUUUUGAAAGGUAGGGGAGGGGAAUAUGUUAAGAUUUCCCAAAAUGUUGCAAUAGGAUCAAUUGCCUUGCUAUUUGAGGUAGCUGGCAAUUUGAACUCUUUUAGAAUUGCCUUUGCAGAUCUUUUCCUAGAAUGUGUUAGUUGCCUGUAAACACUGACUGGGCAUGCUGGCACACUUCAGUCUGUAAACACCUACAGGAGUGUGGGAGGACACAGCAAGGGAGCGCGUUCUGCCUGCUGCGGGAGGGAGAAAGCAGAAAUGUCUGGGGUUUCUGAAAUGCUGCUGCUGGGUCAGAUCUUCUAAUUUUAACUCUGAAAUUAGAAGUGCUUGGUAACGUGGAAGCAAAACCCAGCAUUCUGGUACAGGCCAUGUAAAGUCACAGUGUGCAGAUGCCAACACAAACGUUGCCCUAGGUGUGUUUGUGGAUGCUUCUGGUAAUGAUUUUUCCCCGACUUGCAGUUUAGCUCUCCGAACGUGCAUUUAUGCAUCUUGUAAUUGCCUCUGUGUUUUGUGCCUUCUAAAAACAAAAAAACCUGAGCUCUGGUAAGGGUUCCAGCUGAGUGUUAUGCACAGAAAUCUGUUUCACAGUUUUCCUCAGAGAAUUACACGGCUGUAAUGAAGUUGCACAAGUGUUCUACCACCUUGCUCUUUCACUUCUUGUAUAUUGCCAGAAACAGUGGAAGGUGGCUGUACAGUGGGAACAGUACAGGCGAGUAUUACUGCCUUUCAGCCCUUAGUGGCUCGGACCGUUACAGUGCCAAAUAGUUUAUGGUUAGCUUCUCAUUAGAAACUGUGCUGAAAUUCGUGUUGCCAAGGUGAUCCAACAGUUACCAUCCCAUAGGAACGGGUUCAGUCUGCUAGGAGACUGAUACUGGCUAUGUGCUGAAAGGCUUUGUAUUCCUUAAGGAGCCAACUUUCCUUUGUUUUAAAAAUACUGAUAAGUUUUUACUCUGCAAUGACAGGGCACAUGCUAUGCACUAAAAUGGAAAUUUUUGUCUAAGUCAAUGGUAUCAAAAUGAAAUUGAUAACACUGCUGGAAUAACUUACUGAAACAGACUUUUGUAUUUCUCAGUAUAAUGUGCAAUAUAAUUUUUUCCUGAUUAAAAAUGCAAUGUAUGCUUAAUUGUUGUUUUUCAACAGUAUUUAAUUGGGGGUGGGAAACUUGUAAGGGGACCAAAUGUGCUUUCAUGAAAUGUCCUAAAUUUUCAAAACUGAGCUUAAAUGUUAAAGUUUUGCAUUAAAAAUUGUGUAUUUGAGC